CUCUUUAAUGGAGUUCAAUGUCUUUACAUGUGAAAAAGUAAGCGAACCAGAAAAGUUCAAAUAUUUUCAACGCAAGUAGGUUCUUUAAAAUUGUGAAUACUUCGAAGUGAAAAUAUUUUUCUAUUUGGAUAUAGGUUACGGAUGAAAUAGGAUAUAAAAUAUUUUUCGAAACUUCGAAGAUUUUGCUAGAUAAUUGCGACGGAAACCUCUUCAGAAUGGACAACACUCUUAGUUACGAAAAUACUCCGACUUCAAGUGAGUACAAGUAUAAAACCUACAUGCAGAUGAUCGCACAUUGGGCACAGUUGUAUCCAAACAAAGAAGCGUUUGUAGAAUACAACGCAAAAGCAGAGAGACAUUCUAUAACCUGCCAAGAGUUGUUGGAAAAAAGUAAAUCUUUUGGGUGGUAUGUGGCCAGUAUUGGAAUCCAAAAAGGUGAUAUGGUUGCGUUCUGUAUGGACAACUCCUUGAACAUGCUUAUUGCAAUGUUUGGUGUACAGUUUGCUGGAGGAAUACCUUUUUCAACUUUGCAAAGUAGAGCGGACGGGUAUGACGUCGUGAAGACUAUUCGUGGCCAAAAUUCCAAACUGCUUAUAAUGGACGCUAAGCAAGGGGAACACAGCUGGCAUCUGUUAGAGAACAUUCAGUCAUCUCAAGAUGUUUUCUGUCUUCUUGACGUCGUCUACAAUAACAAAUCCUCUGAACUGAUUCAUUUCCACUUUAAAGAAAAAGACAGUCAUGUUAUCAGUUUAACAAAUACGCCAGAAGUACAACUUCCAGAUGCGUAUCCUGAAGACUUGGCUAUGUAUUUCGAAACAUCCGGCAGCACCGGUGAACCAAAAUUGGUAGGGCAUGCUCAUUUUGGAUUUCCCGGUAGUACGUAUCUACUCAAAGACUGCCUUGAAAUAGACAGCCAGUCCAGAUAUUUCUGCGACAGGCCGCUUGGAUGGAGUGGAGGCGCUCCCAGUAUGUUCUUCAACUUUGGAGCAACUCGAGUGAUACUGAACAGUUCUUUAUCGAUUCAUACAAACAAUAUAGAUUUCCUGUCCGAUGUCAUAUACAAAGAAAAGUGCACACACGUGUAUCUACCUGGAUAUCUUGUCUCGGAUCUUCUUAGAAGUCGUGGAAAUAAGCCCAAAUUUUCUUCUGUCAAAGUUAUCAGUUAUUUCUCAGAAAGAUUCUCAAAGCAUUAUUCAGCAAUUCUAAACCGUUUUUGUGAGAAACUGGUCAUCUGUUAUGGAUCCACAGAGACAGGCGAUGUAUCAACUUUUUCCUCUUAUAGUUCUGAAGAGUAUGAGGAUGGACUUAUCGGGAAACCGUUACCAGGAAUUGAGAUGAAACUUGUUGACAGACAUGGCAAUAUUGUGCCACGGGGACAGGAAGGAGAGUUGCUUGUCAGGAGCGUUUAUAGAUUUCUAGAGUACAAAGAUAUGCAGGAAAAAUUUCUAGAUACAGUUGACAAACGAAACUGGCUUCACACUGGUGAUGUGGCGCAUAUACGAGAAGACGGCAACUUUAUAUUACAUGGACGGACAAGCGAACUAAUGUCUGUUGGUACUGUAAAGAUCUUUCCUCAAGAAGUUGAAAAAAUCUUAAUCAGUUGCUCAGAAGUAGAGGCCGUGGUAGUCGUACCGGUUCCUGACGAAAGAUUACACCAUGCCAUUUGCGCAUGCAUCUUGCUAUCGAAGACAAAGAGUGUGGGCGUAAAGGAUAUGCACACAUAUUUCGACCAUCUGUGGACUGACGCCGCUUAUAACAAGCCGAAGUAUUAUUUUGCAUUUGAGACAUUUCCGAGAAAUUCAAAUGGUAAAAUUGACAGGAAACGAAUUGCAAUGAUAGCUUCUUCACAACUGAAUCUUUGUUGAAAAGGACGUAAAAAAAUACACACAAAUCAGAUCACCUGUGAAAAGCAAUUUUCCUGACAUUUGCCGUCCUUUUGUGUCCUUAUUUCAUUGCCACAAACCUACGAGAACACAUCAGUGUGUUGUCCUUUCGUGUCUUUACCUUCCGUAACAUAUGCAUAGAGAAAUAACAUCUAACAUGACGAGCUCUUUAUGUUAAGUAAUUUUACAAGUGAAAAAAAUAUAAUAAUACUGCAGAAAAAGGAUCAGCAUAUGUACGGAUGCGUUGUUAGCUCGUCUGAGUUCUGAAAACUAGGUAAAGUUGUCAUUUGAUCGUCGGUGUCAGCGUUAGUUUUUGUUUAGGUCUAACUUUUCUCAUACACUAUAAGAGAUAUAUCUUUAAAACUUUGCAUACUUGUUAUGAUUUUGUAGGUUAGGAAGUAUAUCAAGAACCAUAACUCUCGCUUGCAUUUUUCAAAAAGGACGACAUAUUACUAAAUUAAAUAUGUUUUAUGGCGAUGACACUAUGACACGAAAGAACGACAAAUUGUCGACUUUCACUUUAUCGCCUUGUAAAAAAUAAAACUAUCGUUAAUUAUUAAAACUUAGCUUGCAAAAUAUGCAAGUUCUCAAAUGAAAAUUAAUAAUCAGUCCAUUAUCUUUACUUUCUUUUUUUAGUGGUGAAAUUUAACAACUCUUAUUUCACGCUUAGUAUUGUUUUGAUUGUUAUAUCAUGGGCUAUUGUUUCUCGCCGAUUCUCAUUCACUUCUACUGUUUUUGUUUAUCCUCACGUCCUGUUCCAUCUAGAGUGCUUUCUGCCAAACAUCUUAUGCUUCCUUUCGUCAUUCCACGACUAUUCUAUCUCACUUAUUUGUCGUUAUGUCCUUAGGAGUAAAGAAAUAGGAGCAUUGAGAAUGGCGCUUGGACUGCAUCAUUUUCGGGUGUACGUUAAUGUUCAUAUUUAACGUUUUUGCUACAAUUUUUGUUCGACUCUGUCUACAUACGUUAAUGUUUUAUGGCGUAACUUUAUUUUAAGUUACACCUUAAUAUCUUAGCCAUUUGUAGGUCGGCUUCAGAUUCACAUAUAUUGUAAGUCGCGCUCAUUUUAGGUAUCUCGAAGAUACCUUGAUGAUUAAAUGUAGACUAGUUAAUUGUUUUAAUACAUGUAAUAUGACAGAAUGCAAUCACGAAACCUACUCGAAUCUCACACAAUUAAAGUACUCUAAUUAACAAAUACUGUAGUACAGUAAUAUAGUGAGAUUCAGGAGUUAAUCAUUCACCACCAGAUAUUAGUGAUUACACUAAUUAUAUUAAGAAUCACUGAGGUAUUUUUUAUAAUACUCUUGAAUUUCCAAUGAAUGGUUUAAGUUAUAUAGUUCCCAGAAAAUAUUGGAGAAUUAUGAGGUGCAGAUGGAAAAAUUCUAACGCUGAAGGCUUGAAAACGAAAAUCAUCACAUUGUUGUUCCCGGCGCUGACAACACUUCGUAUCUAUAUCAUGUUAACCAACCUGUGGACACCGAGUCAGACACUGACGCCAGGAUGAGUUUGACAGCUCUCCAUAUACUUUGUAUAGUCGAGCUGAAAAUGGUUAUUUUUCAUUCAGCAGUAGAUUACACACAUAUCGUGAUAUAUGCAUGUAGAGCGGAUGAAGUGGUACAGUUGUAAUACAAAGAAUGCUGUCUGAUCCACCAUAACUGUAACAUUUUUUGAAUAUGAUUUCAGAUAAAGAUUUAAGUUAUACAUACGCGUUUGUGCAUGUGUUUAAACAAUGUUUAUAAGUGGAAUUUCUUUACGAUUGACACAUAUAUAGAACUUUUUAGCUCAUCUCACACCGUAUUAUUGCAAAGAUAAAGCCUGUACUAAAAUGACAAGGUAGUGCUGCUGUAGUAACAGUACUUGUAGAUGACAAUAUAGCUGAGCUUGCCUAGACCCAGUUGUUCAAAACUUUAACAGGCGAUUAAGCUAACAGUCGAUUAACUUUUACAGUUAUAUUUCGACAUUUUAGAACACUUUGAAAACCAAAUGUAUGAGUUAAUGAUUAUGAACACCAAAAUGUCUUUACAGUAAAACUAUUACAUCGUACUAGUGUUUCCCAUCAAGACUACUAUUUUGAGUCAAAAUUUAACAGGCGGUUAGUUUAACAGUCUGUCAAAGUUUCGAACAGCUGGUUAAUUUGCCAAUAACAAGAUAUAUCCUAACUAUCGAUAAUAGUUAAUAUUGUUGAUUUUCCUUGCUGACAUUUAUGAAUGUUAUACAAUUUCUCUUAUAAACAGAUAGUAGAAUUCAUCCAACUUUUGGUAAUAACGAUACUAUUGCACAAAGUCGUACUAAUGGUGAGAUAAUUUUCAUUAUCUGGUUACAUCUGUAUUGCCAUCCAGGAAUACAUAAUAAAAACAAGAAACGCGGCAAUGCCACGAAACCAGGUUUUUCAACACUUUUCAUAAGAAUAAACAAGAGUGCCAGAAUGUCACAAUAUACGCCCGUGACAGCAAAUUUCUUUACUCUAGCACCUGUAUCUGCAGAUGUAAUUUUAAUUUUGUGGUUGUUUAGUAAUCAUUGUAAUUCUUUUGUUUUUCUAAGUCCACAAGAAAACUCCUUACCAGGUAGAGAUACCUUAAAAUACAUCUAAAAUUAGAAAGUAACAACUAUGUUGUACCACAGAAAAGUGGUCUUGGUUUUUCCCUACGGUCAAUUAUAAAAAAGUUACAAUAUAAGUUAUUCAUAGUAACAACUAAGGGAAGUUAAUCUUAAAAAAAAAAAAAAAAAAAAAAAAAAAAAAAAAAAAAAUUGUAAGUCCACACAGAAAUCCUUACCAGGUAGAGAUUGGUCAAAAUACACCUCAAAAUUGGAUGUAACAUGCAUGUUGUACUAUAGAAAAGUGGUCUCGAUUUUUCCCUACGUCUAGUAAUGAAAAAGUUACAAUAUAAGCUAUUUAUAGUAACAACAAAGGGAAGUAAUUCUAAAGAAGGGAACUGCGCAAGUCACUUCGUCUCAUGAUGGUGUAUAAUUGUGCCAAGUUACAUCAAAAUCCCUCUAUGCAUGAAGAAGAUAUGCUCCGGACAAAGUUUCCAUUCUCGUAUCCUUUGACCUCUAAGUGUGACCUUGACCUUAGACCUAGGGACCUGGUUCUUGCGCAUGACACUCCGUCUCAUGAUGGUGAACAAUUGUGCCAACUUUCAUCAAAAUCCCUCCAUGCAUGUAGAAGAUAUGCUAACCCUAACCCUAACCUAACCCUAACCCUAUUUUUAGUAACAAUGACCUUGACCUUGAUCCCAGAAACCCCAAAAUCAAUCCCAAGCUACAACUUUAUAUAAGUUUUCUAUACACCAAGAUUCAUCAUGAUAGCUCAUUCCUAAGUUAAGUUAUUGACCGGAAAGCCUUUUUCUAUUUUAAGUAACAGUGACCUUGACCUUGACCUUGACCCCAGAAACCCCAAAAUCAAUCCCAGCCUUUGUCUUGAUAUAAGCUACAUACAUACCAAGUUCUAUUCAAA